AUAUAUAAAUCCAACUCCCAUUUCUCCUCCCUGUUUGGGCAGAUCACACUAGCUUAUCCCUUCACCUACUAUACUAGUUAGACCCACUAACUAAAUUUUCUUUUAACUAGCGUUUUUACCACAAAAAGUUUCCUUUUUAAACUUACACCUAAGUUCAUCCUUCCUUACACAACAAAGAGAACUUUCAUUUAGCAUUACACAUUCAAUGCUUAAUCUUAUACUAUCGGUCCAAUCUGCAGUACCCGAUCUUUCCUUUAUCGAUAUUACCCUUCUUACUUUUGAAGCAGUUUUAGAAGUUGUUAUCAUUUGCUUUGCUGGGUUUAUUGCGGCCCAUUCUGGAAUAUUAACAAACUCUGGUCAAAAAGUUCUUAGUGCUUUAAAUGUGGACUUGUUUACUCCCUGUUUAGUCCUUUCCAAAUUAGCUUCAUCCUUGUCAAUCAAGAAGAUCGCUGAUAUCAUCAUUAUUCCCAUCUUUUAUGCUGUAUCUACUGGGAUUGCAUACUUGUGUUCAAGAUUUACAUCGUAUUUAUUAUCAUUAAAUGAACCAGAAACCGAUUUCGUGACUGCUAUGGCAGUUUUCGGUAACUCCAAUUCCUUACCGGUUUCAUUAACCUUAACCUUGGCAUAUACUUUACCUGACUUAUUAUGGGAUGAUAUUGAAGGCGAUACUAAUGAUGGCGUUGCAAGUAGAGGUAUUUUGUACUUGUUGAUUUUCCAACAGUUGGGUCAAGUUUUAAGAUGGUCUUGGGGAUUUAACACCUUGCUUAGAAGAAGAUCUCGUGUGGAAUUGAAUACUUAUUACACCAAGAAUGGAGUAAUUAUUCACCAUGAUGAAACCACUACUUUACUCAAUGAUGAGCAAACUCUUUACAUGGAUGGAAAUACAUCGCAAGAUUCAAGUAUCGAGCCACAACAAGGACAAGAGUCUGUUGUCACAAUUGAUCCUACUAAAGGUGACGAAUUCCUUCCUUGGUAUAAAAACAUCAAGAAUCUUCCAUUCAUUAAGCAAUUCCUUGCCUUCAUGAAUCCACCACUUUAUGCCAUGCUUGUAAGUGUCGUGAUUGCAUCUGUUCCAGCAUUGCAAAAUGCAUUUUUUGGAAAUAAUGAUUCAUUUAUUCAUAACACCGUGACUAAAUCGGUUACUGCCUUAGGUAGUGUUUCCAUCCCACUUAUUCUUAUUGUUCUUGGGUCAAACUUAUAUCCAUCAUCAGAUAUCCCACCAGCAUCCAAACACUACAAGCGUAUUUUGAUUGGUUCCUUACUUUCAAGAAUGAUUUUACCUUCAUUAUUCCUAUUACCAAUCAUUGCCCUUUGUGUUAAAUUUAUCAAUGUGUCUAUUUUGGAUGAUCCAAUCUUUUUAAUUGUGGCGUUCAUUUUAACCAUCAGUCCCCCAGCUAUCCAAUUGAGUCAAAUCAGUACCUUGAAUGAAGUUUACCAGAAGGAAAUGGCAGGAGUCUUGUUUUGGGGAUACGUUGUCUUGACCUUACCAAGUACUAUUUUCAUUGUUGUUUGCAGUUUGGAAGUUUUAAAGUGGGCUAGAUAGUCCCAAGGAAGGAGUUGCUUUGAUAAGUAUGGUCUUUCUUUUGUUUGCAUUUAAUUCUUGCUCGUUAGGGAUUAGUAUUCAUAUGUUUAUAGAUUUAUAAAUGUCAUUAUAAGUAGUAAUUAACGAAUAUAUUGAAUAACAGU